AUGAAUUAUGGAACGAGGAAGAACAUUAUUAUUAAUAAUGGCGUAUUCCUCGUUUUACUACUCUCAUGUUUUCUACCACGUGUUCAAUCUGCGGACCCGCAGCCAACUUCUGCUAUGAUACCAUCAUUUUACACGGAAGAAAUUUACAAGGAAAUUGAAGCUCUUGCCACAGUUUUAACGAUAGAUAUCAAGAAAAACCUAGGCUACUGCAUUAAGGAUAUAAAAAAAGAUUGGCUGGAAGCGUUUGAUUUCAAGGGCAAGUUAGAUUUCGUCGAUGGUUGUGUUAAGCAAAAAGGGGAUUUCAGAGAUCGGAUGUGCACAGCAGCGGAAAUAAGGUACUACUUCAGGAGUUUGUUGCAAGGGGGUUCAGAUGGGAAUUAUGUGAAACCAAACAGGAAUUGCAACUUGACUUCAUGGGUUCCUGGUUGUGAACCUGGUUGGAGUUGUAGUGCUGAUGAGCCUAUUGAUCUCAAGAAGGAUAAUAAGGAGGAAAUUCCUUCUAGAGUUUCAAAUUCCCAACCUUGUUGUGAGGGCUUCUUCUGCCCUGAAGGCUUGACUUGCAUGAUAACUUGCCCCCUUGGUUCGUAUUGUCCAAUUUCAACGCUAGAUGCACAAAAUGGAGUAUGUAACCCAUAUGGUUACAAGGUCCCUGCAGGGGACAAGAAUCAUAGUUGUGGUAGUGCUGAUACUUGGAGUAGUGCUGUCAACAAUACUAACAUAUUCUGUGAAGCAGGACAUUAUUGCCCAACUACAACCCAAAAGUCUGUUUGCAAUAAGGGAUACUAUUGCAGGGCUGGAUCAACUGAUCCAAUCGCAUGCUCCAAGUUGAGUACCUGUAAUCCAGAAUCUGAAAGCCAAACGAUGCAUGCUUAUAGUGCUUUGCUCAUUGUGGCUUUGAGUACACUCCUAGUCUUCAUUUAUAACUGUUCUGAUCAAGUUCUUGCGACCCGAGAAAGAAGGCAAGCGAAAUCCAGAGAACGUGCAGCAAAGCAUGUCCGAGAAACGGUGCAAGCACGUGAAAGGUGGAAGAUGGCAAAAGAUAUUGCCAAGAAGCGUACAAUGGAGUCGUUGAAUCGCACAUUCUCGCGAAGGAAGUCACAGAAGAUGUCAGAUCUUCCAAAUACCAUGGCAAAUGUAGAGAACAACAAGGAGCCUAGCAACCUCUCGAAGAUGAUGGAUUCCAUUGAGAAUGAUCCCAACAGUCAGGAAGGCUUCGACGUGCAGAUUGGAGAUAAGAAUGUGAAGAAGCAGCAGAUGACAAAGGGAAAGAAUCUGCAUACACAUAGCCAGAUUUUGAGGUAUGCUUAUGGCCAGAUUGAGAAGGAGAAAGCUCAGCAAGAGAAGAACACUAACUUGACAUUCUCAGGAGUGAUAUCGAUGGCCACCGAACAAGGAGAGGAAGUGAGAAAAAGGCCUGUGAUUGAGAUAGCUUUCAAGGACAUAACUCUCACUUUGAAAGGGAAGAACAAGCAUCUUCUGAGGUGUGUGUCCGGCAAGUUCAUGCCAGGUCGAAUUUCAGCUGUCAUGGGACCCUCAGGGGCUGGGAAAACCACAUUCCUUUCGGCUUUGGUAGGAAAAGCCAGAGGGUGCAAUAUAACAGGUGAAAUUCUUAUUAAUGGAAAAAAUGAUUCCAUUCACUGUUAUAAGAAAAUCACAGGUUUUGUGCCACAAGAUGAUAUUGUCCAUGGAAACUUGACAGUGGAGGAAAAUCUUCGUUUUAGUGCAAGAUGCAGACUAUCGGCGGACUUGCCGAAAGCAGAUAAGGUUUUGAUUGUUGAGAGGGUAAUUGAGUCCUUGGGACUUCAGCCAGUGAGGGAUUCUCUAGUCGGUACAGUAGAGAAGCGAGGCAUAUCCGGAGGACAGAGAAAACGUGUAAAUGUUGGCCUGGAGAUGGUGAUGGAGCCUUCCUUGUUAAUCUUAGAUGAGCCUACAACUGGCCUUGACAGUGCAUCUUCCAGUUUGCUACUUAAGGCUCUUCGACGCGAAGCUCUCGAAGGCGUUAACAUUUGCAUGGUGCUUCAUCAACCAAGCUAUACUUUGUUUAGAAUGUUUGAUGAUAUAGUGUUUCUAGCCAAAGGUGGCCUUACUGCAUACCAUGGCCCUGUGAAAAAUGUAGAAGAAUACUUUGCCAGUAUUGGGAUUCCUGUGCCGGACCGUGUGAAUCCUCCAGACCAUUUCAUUGACAUUCUAGAAGGUUUGGUGAAACCGAGUGCAACAGGUGUAACUCAUGAACAACUUCCUGUCAGAUGGAUGCUUCACAAUGGAUAUGCAGUGCCACCAGAUAUGCUUCAUUUUGUUGAUCAAAUCGCAGCGGCUUCUGGUGGCGCAACUGUGGUUCCUACAAGUCAGUCAAUAAAGGUUACUGAGAAUGAGCAAUCUUUUUUCUCAGAGUUUUGGGAGGAUUUGAGGGAUAAUAUUCAGAGCCAACUAGAUCGCCUUGAGGCGAUCUUUAUGACGUCGAAGGACUUAUCGAACCGGAGAACUCCUAGUAUAGCCAGGCAGUACAGAUAUUUUAUUGGCCGGGUCGGUAAGCAGCGGCUGAGAGAGGCUAAAUUACAAGCUGUAGACUAUCUCCUUUUACUAGUUGCUGGUGCUAUCUUGGGAAUGCUCACUAAAGUGAAUGAUAACUCAUUUGGCUCCCUUGGUUAUACAUUUACAAUCAUAGCCGUCUCUCUACUUUGCAAGAUUGGUGCCCUAAGAUCAUUUUCUAAUGACAAGUUAAAUUACUGGAGGGAGAGCGCCUCUGGGAUCAGUAGCCUGGCCCAUUUUCUAUCUAAAGACACAGUUGAUCUUUUCAACACAAUCAUCAAACCGGUUGUUUUUCUAUCCAUGUUCUACUUUUUCAGCAAUCCAAGGUCAAGCUUUGCAAGUAACUAUGUAGUGUUGCUUUGUUUGGUGUACUGUGUGACUGGCAUAGCUUAUAUAUUCGCCAUCUACUUCGCCUACAGUCUUGCACAGCUGUGGUCAGUGUUGCUUCCUGUGGUUAUGACCCUCAUUGCAAAACAAAACGACGAUUCAAUACUCAUGCACAUUAUAAUGAAAGUUUGCUACCCAAGAUGGGCUUUGGAGGCCUUUGUCAUUGCAAAUGCUGAAAGGUACACUGGGGUGUGGCUAAUAACACGUUGCACUUCACUGCUGGUGAGUAGGUAUAAUCUUGGGGACUGGGACUUUUGUCUGAUUGCCCUUGUUGUUUAUGGUAUCGUUGCCAGAAUUGUGGCCUUCUUUUGCCUUGUUAUUUCCCAAAAGAGGUGA